AUGCUUAAUAUUCAUGUUGGGGAUCAUGAUAGUGCACAUAAUAAAGCUCGUAUCAAGUGUGAGGCUUUGAUGAAUCAAGAGCAACACAUUCAGUUAGCUUUCUUCAAGCAGUCAAAACAAGUACGAAAUGACUAUCGUAUUCGUCUUACUGCAUCAAUUGAUUGUAUUAGACUUUUGUUGCGACAGGGGCUUUCAUUUCGGGGUCAUGAUGAAUCUGAGAAUUUAGAGAAUCCAGUUGAUGAAUCUUGUGAUGUGUCAACAAAGGAGCAAAUGUCAAUUGUUUUACGUUAUGUGAACAAUAGUGGACAAGCAAAUGAAUGUUUCAUUGGUCCUGAGCAUGUUUCUAGUACUAUAGCUCUCUCACUUAAGGCUACAAUAGACAAGACAUUUUCUAAAUAUAACUUAAGCUUGUCUAGAUUGAGAGGACAAGGUUAUGAUGGGGCAACUAAUAUACAAGGUGAGUUCAAUGGUCUCAAAUCACUUAUUUUAAAAGAGAAUCCUUGCGCCUUUUACAUUCAUUAUUUUGCUCACCAGCUUCAGCUAGCUCUUGUAGUCGUGGCAAAGAAAAAUACUUUAAUUUCUAACUUUUUUCGUUUGGUUGCUGAUGUGGUCAAUAUUGUUAGAGCAUCGUCUAAACGUUGUGAUCAUCUUCGAGAGAAACAAGCAAAUAUUGUUGCAAAAGCAUUGGAGAAUGGUGAGAUUUUAAGUGGAAGGGACUUAAUCAAGAAACUACCAUUCAGCGUUCUGGUGCACUACAUUGAUGUUCCAAAUAUGGAUGAUAUGUUUAUAUGCCGUGCAACUCGUGGUCGCCCACAACGUCAAGCUCUAGAAAUAACAUAUUUGCAUCAUUUCCGUGUAGAUUUAUUCUAUGCUGUCAUUGAUAUGCAACUUCAAGAGUUGAAUGAUCGUUUCUCGGAGGCAAAUACCGAGUUGCUUCUUUGUGUAGCAUGUCUAUGUCCAAAAGAUUCAUUCUCUGCUUUUGACAAGAAAAGAUUGAUUCAACUUGCUGAGUUUUAUCCAGAAGAUUUUUCAUCAGUAAAUCUCCUAACACUUGAUGAUCAACUAGAAACUUUUAUUUUUAAUAUGUGCUCUAACAAAGAGUUUGAAGGAUUGAAAGGCCUUGGUGAUCUUGCAGAGAAGUUGGUUAUGACGAAAAAAAACAUAAUAUAUCCGUUGGUGUACAAACUUCUGACUUUGGUACUAGUUCUUCCGAUUGCUACUGCUACUGUCGAGAGAAUAUUUUCUACAAUGAACAUUGUGAAGGAUAGAUUGCGCAAUCGAAUGGGAGAUCAGUGGAUGAAUGAUAGCUUAGUUGUUUAUGUUGAGAAAGAGAUAUUUUCGAACAUUGAUAAUGAAGUUAUUAUACAAUGUUAUCAAAAUAUGAAACAUCGCAAAGAACUAUUGUAA